AUUGAACGUCAAAAAUUCUCGUGUUGUAUGUGGGACGAAAACAUGAGUGAUUUUUGUGUGUUUUUGUGAUUUUCUGUCGUAAAAUAAGUAGGUAAUUUAACUCUCUUAUAGUGAGCUACCAUGGACCCUUAUGAAAUUGAGUUUUUGGGCGAGAAUAGGAUAGUGAGUGUAAUACCAAACUUUUCUUACGACAAAAUUUACUUGAUAUGCGGUGAAUUUGGACCAUUUCGGGCUGGUUUGCCCCUAAACGUGCCCCUGUGGCUAGCUAUAAUGUUGAAACAAAAACAAAAGUGUCGCAUCGUGCCCCCCGAAUGGAUGGAACUCGAUGCAUUAGAAAAUAUUAAGGAGGAAGAGAAGCGUUCAAGAUUUUUCACAAAAAUGCCAAAUGAACAUUACAUGGUUGAAGCUAAACUCAUACUUGGUGUAGCAGCCGAAGACAUUCCUAACUCAUCAGAAAUCAAGACCGUCAUCAAAGACAUUUGGGACAUACGGAUGUCUAAACUAAGGACUUCAAUGGACGCGCUGAUGAAGUCCGGAGGAAGUUACGGUCGGCUGGACCACCUUACACUGAUGGAAAUCAAUUCAGUGAAACCUUUAUUACCAUCUGCGAUGGAUGAUUUGUACAGAAUUAAAACGACGUCAAAGAGACCUGCAACAGCCAGUUUGAACACCUCAACAUUCAGUCAAUCGGGAAGCUCACAAAACAUCUAGAUAAGUUAGAUUUACCUACUUUAUUUUCUAAGUAGCUAGCUAGAUAAUGAAUUUUUGUAUGAAGAAUUAAAAUUAAGUGCCUUUUCUGCUCAAAGAAAAAACUUUAUGCCCU